GUCAAACUAAACCCCACCAGAUGAUGAUCUGUCCAUGAGAAAGGAGUGAUCUUAAAUUCCCCCACCUCCAGAUCAUUUAUUUCCCGGUCUGCAAAAACCAGAUCUAGAGUGUGUCCCACCACGUGGGUAGGGCCCGAUAUCAAUUGAGACAGGCCCAUGGUUGCCAUGGAGGCCAUGAAAUCCUGAGCCGCACCCACUAGGGGGGCCUCAGCGUGGACAUUGAAAUCCCCCAAAACAAUAAGCCUGGGGGAAUUCAAGGCCACCUCCGAGACCACCCCCACCAGCUCAGGUAGGGAGACUGAAGUGCAGCGGGGUGGUCGGUACACCAGCAGAAUCCCCAGCCUAUCUUGGAGGCCUACCCUCAAGGACAAGCACUCGAAAUUCUGAGAUGGCCUGACCGGGCACCUGGAAACGGGAAGAGUCUCUCGAAAGAUGACUGCAACGCGCGCAAAGGACUCCUGGGAGUUUUUUACAGCAACAGCGGGGAAGGGGUGGCAGGGAGGUAUCCUGCUGCCCCAAUUACUCCUACAAUUACGGCGCCAGAGCGGGAAAGUGGCGAGAGGGAACUGGUCCAAAGAAGUAGUGGGCAACGAGAGCUACAAAGUAGCAGAUUCAGCAAAAAGAUCUAUGACUAAGAAGGCAUGGAGUUGCUGAUCAGGCAGCAACUGUCUGAUGCUGAGAGACACCAAGAUGUUGAAGCUUUGAAGGUUACAUACAAGUUGAUUAAAUCAGCUGAUGAAGGAAAAUCAGCCCUUGAUUCAUCAGAGAGCUUCAGUUUUGACUUGUAUGUUUUGUGUGCAGAACAAGCACACAAGAUGGGUUUUCCGGAAAUGAGCAAAGACUGUCUCCAAAUGUAUUUUAAAGGAAAACCUCCUGUUAAUCAAUUUGUGGGUAGAGCAUACUUGUGCAGGAGCCUAUUAUAUACCCCCGUGUCUACUGAUAAUUUGGAACAGUUUGAACAAUUCAUUAUGAACCUGCUGAAAGCAAUAGAUUUUGCAUUAGGCGAUUCAAGAUACUAUUUUUUGAUAUAUAAUGCUUCAGUUAUUUACUGGAAGAAUGUUAGGCCAUUUUUUAAGCCUGGAUUCCUCCAAUUUCUUAUUCCCAGCCUCUCUCAGAUUGUGCCUGCAUUAAACCAUCCAGAUGAGCAGGACAAAGAUUGGACAGCAGAACUCAUGAUAGAAUUGAUUGAAUGUUUCUUAGAUGCUUCUAGAAUUGAAGAAGCCAAGCAGUUUUCAUCUACUGCAGCAGAAUUCAUUAAAGAAAAUGUUCCAGGAAAAUACAAACAACUAUUUUCACUAAUGGUGCGUCACAAACUAGUGGAUGCAUCACAAAUAGAGGAUGAACUAGAAAGCACUCCCAGCCUGAAAAUUAUUCAUAAAAUCCAAACAAUGCAAUUGUCCUUGGAUGCAAAUGAGAUUCCACCAGAAGCUGCUACAGAACUGAGCAAUAUAUAUGAACUUUUGAAAGGAUGUAAAAAUAUAUUAAAACGUAAUGAAAAAAUUUCAUUGCUUCUGGAGUUAGCUCGUCUUUCGCUGAAAUUAAAUUGCAUCUCUAUUGCAGCAUUAUGUAUAACUGAUUUGAAGAGCUGUAAGAUCACAGACACUGGAAAAGAGAUUGAAUUAGACUGCUUGGAAUGUGACUAUGAAGUCCAGAAACUUGGGCCUAAAAUUGAAACUUACGCUAAAAGUGUUGUGGAGGCUCAGCUAAAAGUAAUACAGAAACUUGAACUAAUUUUGCAUCGUGCAAUUCGACUGAAAGACCCUAAUACUAUUCAGACAGUAUGCACAACCCUGUGGAAUCUUUGCUUACCAUUGCUGCAACACAAUUUGAAACACCAUGUACGAAAGCCAUUGCUAGCUAUUGCUGAGGUCUUAGAGAAGAUUGACAGCAUGUUGAUUUUAUUACGAUGUCAAGUUCAUAUGGAAAUUGCUUGCAUUGAAGAAAAGGGAGAAAGAAUAGAGGUUGCCAUGCAACAUUUGCAGAAGGCCAUCCAUCUGGAUAGCAAUGGGCAAUAUCAUGAAUACCUUAAAAUGGCUUUCCAUCGGCUUAAUCUAAAUACUGUGUUGUACAAAUCAUUGGAACGUUUAGAAGACCAAGCAAGUUUGAUGGUUGAACAGGCUAAGAGAGGGACAGCAAAAGACAGUGUGAGGAAAAAACGGUCUUUGUUGAUGAAUGCUGGUCGUGCAUUAGCUCCUGAGGCUUUUCAGAUUGUCUUGGAUAGUGAAAAUGAAGCUAAAGUUGCCUCAAGUAAAAGUAUGGGUCACAUUGGUUAUCUCUGUGCAAAAGCAGAGCAUCAUACUAGAAAUGUGGAGAAAGCAGAUGGACAUUUGAAGCGAUUAGGACGUGAAAAUGAAAAAGAGAGAAUCAGACUUUGGUCAGAAAUAGCAAAAACAGCACGGAAACAAGGUGUGUGGGAUGUGUGUCGAGCUGCAUGUAGAUUCUGCCUCUUGUAUGAUGACAGUCACAUGCCGAAAGGGCCAAAACAGAAAAAAACAUCUAAGAAAAAAACGAGUAUCUCCAUGGCUGAUGAUAAUCAAGAAGUAAGUGUGCCAUCAGAAUCACCCUUACCAGUUCGAUUAUUCUCUUUGGAAAGAGAUUUACUCAGAACAUUAGCAGAAGUAAGAUUCAUUAACGCAGAGGCUACCAUCCAUUUAUUAAAAACAGAAGGUGUCCAGCUCAAUGAUCAUGCUGUGGUCCCUGUGGAUACAACUCAGCACACUGGAGGGCAUUCUCAACACUCACAAAACCAAUGGAGUGAAUCAGACUGGAAUACAUACAGUAAUUGGAUAACUCACUUAUCUCAGUAUGCUAUGGAAAAUUUUCUGCGGGCUGCCAAAAUUGGAGAAGAGUUAAAUGAAGCAUGGAUUGUACAUAACACUGUAGUAUAUGUCUUAAAUCACAAUAAACAUCUAAUUGCUGCAAAAAGACAAAGAGAAAUUGUGGAUUCCCUCCAAACUCUCUUCAAUGCAACUAAACAUACUGGGCACAGUGGGAAUACUACUCUUUUGGUGAGAUUAUGUAAUGCUCUGGCUCGAGGCUUAAUCCUUCCAUGGAUUCCAAAACCAGUUUUCAAAACGGAUGAAAAGAAAGUUAUGGAAGAAGGACCAAUCAAACGUAAAAAGGCUGCUCCAAAAGCACAUGAAAAAGUCCCUUUUGUACCAACUUUGUCUGUGGAUCCUGCUGGGAUUCAUGAUAUUAAAGCAGCUGUAGAGGUUUGUGAAUUUGCCAUGAAUUUGCCCGAUGGAAGUGUUCCUGAUGAGCCAGUACCUAUUGCUGUACGUCAAGAGAUUAUUGCCACCUGGGUGAAAGCCAAACAAUUAGUUCAGCAUCAUAUUGUGAUCAAGCAUGUUGCUGAAGAUGAGAAUAAUGAUGAUGGCCCCAGUCCUGUGACGAAAGUUUUUAUUGGUCUGGAAAUGUACUCAUGCAGUGGUUUAGGUCUCAUGGAGUUUUCACUUCCCAAUUUACAUCACCUGGUGAAAAUAGCUUCAGAGUACAACUGGCCAGACUCUCUAGUGCAACUUCAGACACUGACCAGGCUUACACAUUUUGCACACACCAUCCAUGACCAUGAACUUGUGAUGACUUGUUGUCAGAAGACUUUAGAAUUAGACGAUGAAGCAACAAACAACAAUGACACGAAGAAAAAAGGAAUGAAUGAUUAUGCGGUGAGACAAGAAAUGCUAAGCAUUGCUGUUUGUACCCAAGGGAAAAGCUUAAUGGAAAACCUGGCUGGGAAAAAGCAUUUACGUUUAGUAGCAUCAAAAUGCUUUGUUAAAAGCGCAAGUUAUGCAGGAGAAGCAGGGAAUAUUGCUCUUGCUCUUAUAGCUGCUAGACACUUCUGGAAUGCCUGCUUACCCUUCAUUGGUUCUUCGGUAGACAGGCAACAGCUUAAAAUGCCAACUAUAAUCAUUCUCAACAGCAUUGGUAAAGCAGCAGAAGCCAAAAAUAAGCAGGAAUCUGAAAAUAUGGUAUAUUUGCAUCAGUGGCCUACAACAGAAUUUCAAAGUAGCAGUUCAUCAGAUACCCAUUAUUAUCCAGGUGCUGAUGAGGAUUUGACCUUGAGGACAUUCUUGUAUGUAUUAUUGUUCCAAGUGCAUGCUGAUAAAAAUGACUGGGAGGGAGGCCUCAAAGUGUUAGAUGAAGCUAUUCAGAUUCUCCCUCGAACGAAGCACAGAUUCCCGAUUUUUAAACAUAUGGUCAUGGUCAAGGCCAGGCUUGGACGUAACUAUAUAAUGGAAAUUCAGAAAUUCAAAGAUGAAAGUGAAGAUUAUUUAUCACAUAUGUGGCUUCGUCUGGCCUCUGUGUCUUCAGACCUUGUGGGAGAGUUAUCUUGUUACCAAAAUGCAAUUGAAGUAGUGCAGAAAAAAGAAUCUGAAUUAAAGAAGGUUGAUAAUAUAUUAGAAUUUGCAGAAUGGCUGUAUUGCAACCAGUUUCCUCUUAGUGAUGCUAUUAAACACCUGGACUGGGCAAUAUAUAUUUUGCUACACCUAAAACCUAUCACAAAAACCCCUGAUGAGAAAGAUUCAAGCCAUGAAAUUACAACUGAAGAUUUAAGAAGUAUAAAGCAGUUAGAAGCUUUGGUGAGAGCUCAUACUUUAAUGGCUGUCAUAUCUGGCCAUGGCUCACCUUCUCAUGAACAUCACUGUUUGAUGGCAUAUGCUUUCGUGAUUCGCAUGUGGCAGGUUUCACUGUCAUCAGCAGGAUCUGUUUUAAAGAUGUUGGCCAGAACCUCACCAACUCAAGGAGGCAAAAAACAGGGGAAAACCUCACCAACUCAGGCAGCCUCUCCCAAAAAACAGGGGAAAACCUCCCCCACUCAGCCAGCCUCUCCCAAAACAGGGAAAAAAGAUGCAAAACAACCUCCUGCUGGUCGAACUUCACCAAUAAGCCCUUCUAGAAGAGAUCUCAGACAGAUACAAUCCUUUGCUAGAGAGAAGGCUAAGAGAAAAGGACCAAUUGACACCUUACCAGCAAAUGUGGAGGAAUGGGCUAGCUAUGAUUGUCCUGAUGAAAUCAGAGGUGCCUUCAAAGAAGACUCAAGUGGCUGCACUUUGAACAGAGAAAAUAUUUUAGCACCUACACGCACCUUAUAUUACCUAGAUCUUUUAGUAAAGGAGCUACGGACAAUUUUAUGUACUCACUUGAUUCUUCCGGUUCUUCAGCUGGCUGAGGUCAUUGCCAACAAUGUCGUAGAAAGCAAAAGUCUGUCAGAUCUCUAUCAUCUUCGACUCUCCAGUGUGUGUUUAGAUUUAAAACUGUGUCAAGCUGCGUUUUAUCAUGAGAAGACAGUAGGUGGAGUAUUCAUUAAUGAAAUGGAACAAGGAAGGUUUAGACAAGAGAUUGCAUUUAGAAAUGACAAUGCUAUACAAGCUAACCAGAAGGAAAAUAAAUUGUUUGAUCAUACAAAGAUCGUUGAAGUUGAUCCAAGUAAAAAACUGCUUACUGCAAAAGAUAAGAUUUUGGAACUAAAUGCUAUGACUGGUAAAGGACUAAGUGGGCUUUCUUUCCCAUAUCUGUGGAUGGACAAAGCUGAAGUCCUAAUCCAACUGUGUUUAUAUCAACCAGCCAGGCUGUUACUUUCAGAAGCACACCAAGCAACUCUGGAAAUGAAUGAUGAUCCAUGUGCUGUAUCACGGUGCCUUUAUCUUCUAGCAAUGCUAGCUAACUUGGAGAAAAACUAUGGACAAUCUAAAGCACUACUUGAAAAAGCACAGUUGAUAGGAGGAAAUGAGCAUUUUUGGUACAAUAGCACUGUGUGUUUCACAGAUGCAAUUUUAGGGGAAGACAAAAACAGAAAGUUUAAAACGCUGCAAUCUUGCCACCUUCUACAAAAAACUGUAAAUGUCUUAAGACCCUUAUUGGAGGAAAUACCUAACAGACAAUCUGAAUCUGGUGCUAUAAUUGCAUCCCUUGAAGCCAGGAAAGCUUACAUUCAGAUAAACUUUGCUCAGCAUUUCAUCAAUACCAGUCCUCAUUCUACUGAGUUAGCAGGAAUGCUGCUGGAGCCUUAUGAUAAAUUAAUUCAUGUACAGAAGGACUUCCUUUGUUAUGGAUAUAGAGACUGCAGUGCUGAGGCUUUGAUGGCGCGUGCAAAUAUUCACAGGAUUCUAGGUAAAUACACAGACUGCACUACUGACAAGCAAAGUCAUUACCUGGAUGCAUACAGAUUAGCUCAAGAAGCGGUAUCACAAAUGGAAGAACUUUUUCAAAACAUUAAUAAUGUGCUUCCAGUUGAGACUAGAAAUGUUAACACUCCAUUGAUGAGAAAACUUGCUAGCAUGAAAUUCUCCCUUGUAGAGAUUAUUUUGGAUAUUUUUGUUCUUAUCAAUAUUGAGAGAAAAAAGAAAGAGGCAGGAGCACAACAAAUUGAGCAAAUUAUUGAGGAAUUUGUACGGUUUACUCCUGAUGCUGCUUCUGUAGAACAGGCAUGGAUAACACUUAGCCACACUAUUGGUCAUAAUGCCCAAGCUCAGCUAACAAGUGUACAGAGCCUUUAUACAGGUUGCCCUGAUAUCAGAACGAAGUACCUCUAUCUAACUGGGAGGUGUUUGCAUUUACUUGCUGAUCACAUGGACCCCAUCUGUCCAGCUAUACUUUGGACUGAAAAUGCAGUGGAGAAGGAAGCUAUGCCUAGCUCUGAGAAAUCUCCCUCACCAGAAGCUGAAGCAAAAUGUGAGGAAAGUGAAAGACCAACUAGUAGUGUAUUACUUUCUAAAAAACAGCUUACUGAGUACAAGAGAAAAGCAAGCAAAUUAAGGAGGAGACUGGCUUGGACCCAGAAAUACCUGUUUCAGUCAACUGAAGUUUUGAUGCAGUGCAUUAAUGCUGCAAUUAAUAACAACAUGGUUGAAAUUCUGGCUGCUGCUAGUUUGGAAAUGGUGGAGUGUUUUGGACGCUUUGACCAAGUUUCAGCAAGCCAGUUUUUGGCUCUUCAUCAGAGCUGUGUAGCAUCAAUGAUGAUGAAAAGCAUUCUGCAAGCAGCUACCUUGAAUACUAGCAGUUCACAGCUGGCAGCAAUGUUGCAUCUGAAGCACCAUCUAGAACAAAAAGGAGAUUUAACAAGCAGUCUUCUCAGAAAUGUGGAGCAGAGGUUAGCUGCUAUCUCAAAGGCAUGGGGAAGCCUCUACAUUUCUACACAACAUUUUAAUAUCAUGAAUGAACUGCCACUAAAUUUCCAUGUAGUUAUACUCCAACAUUCAGAAGACAGAUCUCUCUUGUAUGGUGCAGUGCUUGAGAAAGUAAAAUUGACCAGCCCAAAGGAGCAGAAAGAACAAAAGGAAAAGGGCGGGCAGCAGAAGGAAAAGGGUGGACAGCAAAAAGAAAAGGGUGGACAUCAAAAAGGGAAAAUUGUUCAGCCUACAUUGCAGGCUAAAAUUGUGCGAUCUCCUGUGAACUCUGAAACAUUCAUGAAUUUGUUGGAAAGAAUAAAGGUUCUCAAAGAAGACAGAAUGGAGGAUCUUCUGGAGCAAACAGGGCCAAACAAAACUCCAGAAGACAAAACUGAGUUCCAAAACUGGCAGCAGUCAUCUGCCAAGUUAGAAAUGAAUGUGGAAGAAGAAGACGAGCAAGAUUUUACAUCAGAAUUACAGGCUAUCUUAAAAGAUAUGGAAGAAUAUCUGGAACCUGUAUUGUCACAAUUUAAUUUCUCUGAGCUCAGGCAGCAAAGUCCAGCAGUCUCUCCAGCUGACUCAGGAAAAACCAAAAGAGGUGGCUCACCAAAACCUAAAGCAGCUGACUCAGGAAAGACCAAAAUAAAUGAGACAGGAAAAUCAAAAACUAAAAAUAAGGACAAAAAUGUUGUCGCUCAAGCUGGUGCUGAGGAUAUGGGAGAAUGCAUUAUACUACUGGCAGACAAAUUUCUUAUGGAGUUACCUUUGGAAGCUCUGAAUAUCUUUCAAGAAGAAGCAAUAACUUCUGUAUCCAGAGAUUUCUCUCUCCAGCUUGUCUACAACCGCUUGCAUAAAGACGAUACAGAAUACGAAGUUAAAAAGGAAACAAAGGGUACAAAGGAAACAAAACCAAAAGGUGACAUUAAAAAGAAUUUAAAACCAAUUUUCCUGAACCGUGUUCUGCCACCCAACUGCAUUUCAAUUGAUAUAAAUAAUGUUAAAUACAUUGUGGAUCCACAUAAUGAUGUUCAAGAAACAGAACCAGAAAAUCCUGCACAAAUAUUUAAGACAAUUCUAGAAAAAUAUGAGCCAUUUACACUUCGUUGGGAUGGAGUUAUUGGUAAUGUGGAGAUUGCAAGUCAAGCUGUGUGGGAACGUUUACUAAAAUCUAACUGCAGUGCAUUUCUGUUCUCUGGAAUGUCAAGAUUCCUUGCUCAGAUCUUACUUGACAGACUGGUUGCUAUGAACAUCUCAGAAUGUCAGUUGAUGAUUCUUUCCGACCUUGUGCAUGCAUUGCCAACUGUUGUACGAAUGGCAAGUCUGGAUGCACAUAAAAGUUCUUUACGCCUGUCUCUAGAGAUGCCAACUGAGACAGCGAUCAUUCUGAGCCUAAUUGGAGUGCAUUCCAUUAUAGUCAACCAGUGGUACUGUUUCCCGGAAGAAAAUGCAACAAGACUGCAAAGCUUGUGUGAGAAUUUGAUAAGAGUAGGAAAAACAACUGGACAGGCUAUUCAUAUUCUUCAGAGGAGUAAGACUGCAGCAGAGGAAUUGCCCAAAGUGCACCUGGAUCAUGGAGACUCUCCUGAAGCCAAGAAAGAAGAAGAGGCAGAAAAAAGCCCUGUUGGACUAAGCCAUUCUGUAAUUCAGCCAUCAGCUCUUAAUACAGUUUUAUAUGGGCUGCCCAAUUUGAUGUUUACGUAAUUCACAACAGAUUGCUUUAUGUAAAAUGGAAACUGGUUAUAGUGUGAAGUAAUGAUGUUUUUUGUUGGCAUUUGUUAAAAUAAGAGUUCACAAACAUUUGAGCUGCACUCGGUGGCUUUCUUGAAUUUAAACUUUGUCAGUAAGGUAAAUAUCAGCAGUGUUUUUGCUAUUAAAUUUUUUGUUUGCUCUAGGUUUUUCACUA